CAGGGAGUGUCGUCCAGAAAGUCGGAGAACCGUGCAGCCGAUAAAUGCAGCGUUACAGCUUCAGUAUGUAGGGAGUUAAAAUAAUGAAGAUCACAUGCAGAAAUUGGAAAACGACUGUAAUCGCAGUUUACCCACCCAAAGUUGUGGUCAUUUUCUCAACUUGCGCUGGAGAUCUAAUGAGGAACAAAAAUCUUAGCAAUUCCUGAUGUUUCCAAAGAUUCAAUCUAGAAACUGCCUAUUGGAUUAGAGCCAAAGUGAAUUUUCCCAAGUGAAUGCUGUGCAUUCUGUACUAUGUGCAAAUUUCCAUACUUUUUCGUUAUUUAUGUAGGCAGUUACAGAUUAAUGGUACAGAUACAAUUGUAAAUGUAUAGGUUUUAACCAUAUAGCGUUAGAUGCUCACUAAUCACGAAUUUAGUUCCGUUUUCAUCACAUUGUUAGAUGAAAAUACUUUCAGCUGUCUAUAGAUUUUAGGAGUUUUUUGUCAUCGUUAAAUUGUAACUUACACUAUGUGUAUACAAAUCAUCAACGUGUCCUGCUUCCAUAGAGGAUACUGCUGUAGAGCUGCUGUUUAGCAGAAGGGCGCCCUCUUCCCCUUGAGCACAUUUGCUUGUUUAACUUUGUUUGCCCAAAUAUGGGUUUCCUGGGAAACCAUUAGUAAAGGCUUCUGUGGUUAAUCGAUGACUGCGACAUUCACCCGUCUCCUGGCUUAAGCGCCUGGUGACAGCCCGUCACGGCCAGGAGAGUCGCAUAUCCACUUCGGACUUCAGUUAGACGGUGCGAUGGAUGCCAAGGGGUCCUUCUGGUCGCUGAUCUGCACGUUUGGAAGGUACAACUGGACUAACGACGGGGGGAAACACGGCAAGCAACCGGACGGCUCCAACUCGUCGCUGAGCGAGUGGCAGGUCUUCGUGCCCCCGCAGCAGAUGCGCGCCCUGCAGGUUUGUCCCAUCAUCUGCAUCCUGGUGGUAUUUCCCAUCACCCCCGUCAUCCUCACCAAGGUCCUGUCCAGUCCACGCCUGCGGCAGGAGACGCGCUACCUCCUGCUGGCCAACGCGCUGCUAAGCGACCUGGCCUUCGUCUCCGUGUACGCGUUCACGUCGGUGUUCAACACCGCCGGAGUGCUCAUGUCCGAGUGGGGAUGCGCCACCCUGCUGUCGCUGCUGGGGGCGCUCUACACCGCCGGGAUCCUCAGCACCGUCACCAUGGCAAUGGACACCUUGCUGGCUGUGCUGUCGCCCCUGCGCUACCUGGCACUCUGGCCCGUCUCCCGGACCAGGAGCGUGGUGGGGGCUGUGUGGGGACUGUCCGUCUUCUUCCCAUUGGCCAUGGUGGGGGCCUUCGUGUGGUUCCAAGCCGCCAGCCCCUGCCAGUCUCACAUCUGCUCCAUGUCCCUGUUGCUGUUGCUCACCAUUGGCCGGUCACCGGUGCUCAAGCUCUCCAUGCUGCUGAUGGUCUCCACCAUCCUGCUCAUCCUGCUGCUGAUCUUCUGCGGCUACAUGGCUCUCUGCUGCAGCACCCGCCGCUCGGGGGUGUGGGGGGGCCAGCGCUGCUCACGGGCCAAGGGCACCUUCCUCAUGCACUACAUGCACCUCUUCCUCUCCUUCUGCCCCAUGCUGGUGCUGAUUGUCGAGCUGCUCCUGUACACGCAGCUCCGCGCCGUCGACCUGCGGGCCAAACUCUGGGUCUCCCUGGUCGUCUGCAAUGUGCUGCUGGUGCUGCCCAAGGCGCUGGCGCCCUACCUGUAUGGACUCCGGUACCGGGACCUGCGCAGAAAUCUGCUGACUUUCUACGGGCUCAGGAAGACUGUGGUUUUCCCAGUAACGUAAGAGCUGAAUAUACCUAUAUCUGCAUCUUGGACUUGCAGAAUUAUUUAUUUAGAAAGGUGAAUCUCAGUAUGUAUAUAUUAUAUAUUUUUUAAAAUCAGCACCUAUGUCAGUGUGUCCCCAUGAGUAAUAUCAACACGCCACCUUUGAUUCCUCCCCAUUCCCUUUGAAACUCCCCCCUCCCCCCCCAAGACUUUUCUUUGUAAUUUGACAGGGAUUGUUGGGAAGUUGUGUGUAUCGUUGUCACGUAACGUUUAAUUCCUAAAAUAUAAAAUAUAUUUUGCGUUGGUAUUUGAACGUUACCUGUAAUUAUUUGAACUUGGCUGUAACUAAUGAAGUGGGAACUGCUGCUGUUGUAAUAAAUUAAAGAAUUGUUUAAAUGA